GUGGGAAAACAGGGACACUGGUACGUUGUUGGUGGAGUUGUGAACGAAUCCAACCAAUCUGGAACUAUGCCCAAAGGGCCAUAAAACUGUGCAUACUCUUUGUCACAGAAGAGCCAUCACUGGGUCUGUAUCCCAGGGAAAUCAUAAAGGUGGGAAAAGGACCCACAUGUGCAAAUAAUAUUUGUGGGAACCCUUUCUGUAGUGGCAAAGAAUUGGAAAAUGAGUAGAUGCCUGUCAGUUGGCUGAACAAGUUGUGGUACAUGAAGUUAAUGAAAUAUUAUUGUUGUAUAAAAAAUGAUGAACAAGCUGAUUUUAGAAAGGUCUGAAAAGACUGCCAUGAACUGAAGCUGAAUGAAACAAGCAGGACAGGAAUACAUUGUUCACAGCAAUAGCAAGAAUGUGUGAUGAUCAAUGAUGAAAGGCAUUGUUUUUCUCAGUGAUUCAGUGAUCCAAAGCAAUUCCAAGAGACUUUGGACAGAAAAUGCCAUCUGCAUCCAGAAAAAGAACUAAGGAGACUGAUUGUAAAUCAACACAUGCUAGGUUCACUUCUUUUCUCUGUUGUUUUUUUUUUUUUUUUAAUCUCUCCCAUUUUUUUUUUUUUUGCUUUUGCUCUUGAUUAAUAAAGCAAUGUGUAUUUAAAAAAAAAGAAAAGAAAAUUGGCAUGUAUUGUUAGUCAUAACCACUCUUAGUUUUACUUAACUGUUUUCAGGAAAUGCAUUUUGUAGAACAAUUUUGUUUGUUAGACUGUAUCUGAUAUGUCACAAUCAAAAGUAUCAACAAGAAGGAUAGCAUGAAAUUUGAAUAUUCCAUUUGGAGUUACAAUAUUAAGGUUUAGUAGCUACGAAACAGGAGUGAUUACAUUCUGUAAUCUGAUCAUUGUACUCAAAACAGGAAAAACAAAAUGGGCAUAAAGGGAAGACAGUUAUAACUUCUUGGUCUCCCUUUCUCGCUAUUUUUUCUUUUCUCACAAUAUUUCUUACUAUUAUCACUAUCACUAUUAAGCAAGAAAGCCUUAUGAAAGGGUCUUUGAGGUAUGAGAAGGAGUGUGAUCUGCAAUAGUUGUAGCUGAUACAGCAAACAAUUCAAAUCAGCUCUAUCCAUAAAACACCUACUAUGUACCAUCAAGAGCAUUAGGCUGAAAAUUUACAUUUUAGUUGUGAGGAGGUCAGAAAGGGAACAAUAUGAACACUAGGAAAUAAAUGUAAAUGAAAAAUCAAAAGUAAGUAAAUGAACAAAAAUAAAAUCAAUAUCCAAAACAAAUUAAUUUAGGGGAGAAGGGCACUAAUAAUGGGGAUAGGGGGUGGGGAGGAAUCAAGGAAGACCACUAUUUGGGAUUAGCUUUGAAGGGGACUGUUGUUAUGUAGCUGUUUCAGUCCUAUCUGAGUCUCCAGGAUCCUAUUUGGGGCUUUCUUGGCAAAGAUCCUGGAGUGAUUAGCCACUUCCUUUUCUAACUUAUUUUACAGAUGAGGAACUGAGACAAACAGGGUUAAGUGGCUGGCCCUGGAUCACAUAGCUAGUAAGCGCCUGAGGUCAGAUUUGAAUUUUUCUUCUGAUUCCAGUCCCAGCACUCUAUCCAUUUCACCACCCAGCCACCUUUGAAAGAGCCCCAAAAAGGAGAGGAGCUUCUAGGUGGAGCACUUGACACCCCUUUGUUAUAAAUUGACUCUUUCCUAAAAAAAAAAAAAAAAAAAAUUAAAAAGCUCUUUAACAAUGAACCGUUGAUGAAAAAAUUAAUAAAUGAAAUGAAGAACAACGAUUGAGGACCCAGACUGAGACUUUGACGCAUCCUCAUAUGUGACUUGGAAGAACCAGCGAAAGCGAUUGGAAGAAAAUAAUGGGAAUGAUCAGAAACAUUUACAUUCUGUAUAGUAUUGAUCUGUCUGUGUUGUGUGGUGCUCUGCUGCUGCCUGGAGCAAGGGAAUUAACUACCGCUUGUUCUCAAGACUAUCUUAAAAAUGUUCUUAUGGAUAUGUCACCAAAAGCUACCACAAUGGAUCUGUCCAACAAAUUCCCAUGUCAGCCUCAGAACCUGGACUUCAGUCCUUUCCCUAAGCUCAAAGUUUUGAUUCUUUCUCAUAACAGAAUUCAACACCUGAAUAUGGACAUCUUCCGAUUCAACAAGGAGUUAGAAUACUUAGAUUUAUCUUACAAUAGCCUGAGGAAUAUUUCUUGUUAUUCGCUUCUUUCCCUCAAGCAUUUUGAUCUUUCUUUUAAUGACUUUGACAACAUUCCCAUCUGUCAGGAGUUUGGCAGUAUGUCCCAACUGGAAUUUUUAGGAUUGAGUGGAGCCCAGAUCCGAAAAUCAGAUUUGCAGAAAGUUGCUCAUUUGCAACUCAGCACUUUCUUCCUGGGCUUAAACUAUUUCUCUUACUAUGAAGAAGGCAGCUUGACCGUCUUAAACACUGAGAGACUUCAUAUAGUCCUUCCAGAGAAUGCUGAUUAUAGAUUUAUUUUGUGCGAUGGAAUCCAAACUUCCAAAAUCUUAGAAAUGGCAAAUGUCAGUAGGGAUCAAUUUACAAGCCAUGGAAGUCAGAAGAAUCCUCUUUUAGAGAGCCCAAAAUAUUCUAAAACUUCUCAUCUGUUACUCAGUAAUAUAUAUGUACCAUGGGAGGAGUUUGUCGAAAUAUUGCAAUUUGUUUGGCACUCGUCAGUUCAACAAUUACAAGUACAGAAUUUGAUCAUUGGAGCCCAAAGUGAUUUUAAAUUCAGAUUAUUUAACUAUUCGAGUACCUCAAUGAAAGCUCUAAAGGUAGAACAUGUGACUGUUAGAACAUAUUCCUUCCGACAGGAUAUAGUCUACUUGUUCUUUACCAAAAUGGACAUCGAAAACUUGACAAUAUCAGAUGGGAGGAUGCCCCAUGUGGUUUUUCCUACGUAUCCUACCAAAUUUCAGCACCUGAAUUUUGCCAACAAUGCCUUGACAGACGACUUAUUUUCAAAUGCUCUUCAGCUGCCAUACCUGAAAACUUUCAUUUUGCAAAGGAAUAAAUUAGAAACACUUUCUACAGUGAGUUCUUUUGCUACUAAAACAUCCUUGAUACACUUAGAUCUAAGCCAGAAUCUACUGCAAUAUGCUGAUGGAAAAGAUUGCUACUGGCCAGAAACCCUCACAACCAUGAACUUGUCAUCCAAUAAAUUUACUGGCUCUGUUUUCCAGUGCAUACCAAAGAGCAUCCAAGUUCUUGAUCUGCAUAAUAAUGACAUCAGAACCAUCCCCAGAGAAAUUGAGAAUCUGAAAGCUUUGUGGGAACUGAAUAUUGCCUCCAAUUCUCUAACGGAUCUUCCUGGGUGUGAGAAUUUCCAACGACUUUCUGUGCUGAAUAUCGAAAUGAAUUCCAUUAUUAGUCCAUCUCUUGAUUUCUUCCAGACUUGCCAGGAAAUAAAAUCAUUGAAAGCAGGAGGCAACCCAUUCAGAUGCUCCUGUGACUUGAGAAACUUCGUCAACCUAGAAAAAAAAUCCCAGGGCUUGAUGAUUGGAUGGCCGGAUGCUUAUACCUGUGAAUUUCCUCUAGAAUUAAAGGGAAUUCUAUUAGAGAAUGUUGAUCUGCCAGAAUUAUCCUGUAACACUCCUCUAUUGAUUGCUGUCAUUCUGAUAGUCGGGUUAAUUUGGACAGUUAUCAUGGCGGUGCUCUGUAUCCGUUUGGAUUUGCUCUGGUACCUGAGGAUGAUAGUUCAGUGGACUCGGGCCCAGCACAGAAGUAGGAAUGUGCCCUUAGAAGAACUCAAAAGAACGAUCCAAUUUCAUGCUUUCAUUUCAUACAAUGAAGGGGAUUCCCUCUGGGUAAAGAAUGAGCUGAUACCAAAUCUAGAGAAAGAAAAUAGUUCCAUAUUGCUUUGUCUCCACGAGAGACACUUCAUUCCUGGCAAGAGUAUUGUCGAAAAUAUUAUAAACUGCAUCGAGAAAAGCUACAAAUCUAUCUUUGUUUUGUCCUCUAACUUUGUACAGAGUGAAUGGUGCCAUUAUGAACUUUACUUUGCUCACCACAAACUAUUUCAGGAAGGUUCUAAUAAUUUAAUUCUCAUAUUACUGGAACCAAUCCCCCAGUACAUCAUUCCUACCAGAUAUCAUAAGCUAAAAUCUCUCAUGGCACAAAGAACUUAUUUGGAAUGGCCCAAGGAAAAGAAUAAACAUGGACUUUUCUGGGCUAACCUUAGAGCUGCCAUAAGCAUUAAUUUGUCAGAAUCUGGAAAGAUGAACAGAUCACAGACGAUUUCAGAGUUAUAGAAAGGGUCACGAACAUCAUCAUGAAAGAUAAAUUCCUGGCACUGACUUUCAUUUUUAUGCAUUUCCCCUCAAUAAAUCAUUAUGUAUUCGAUGAACAGUUAUUAUGCACUUAGCACUAAGUGCUAUGAUAUGCAAAAAAGUAGUUCAUGAAUUUGCAAUGUAGUCCAUCAUGGUGGUAUAUCUGUAAAUUGCAGUUACUGCAGAAACUGAGUCUGGCUGGUCACUUAGGCUUGGAAGUUCUAAGUUGCAGGUAACUAUGCUAAUUGGGUGCCCAGACUAAAGUUCUGCAUUAAAAAUAGUGGUUGGAGUUGGGGAGUGUGGGACAAUGAAUGAUACAAGGUAAGAAACAGAAGAGGUCAAAACUUCCAAGUUGAUCAAUAUUGGAAUUGGGCUGCUGUCUGCUAAGUAGUUGUCAGGGGCCACUCAGCUUCCAAUGAAAUAUAGGGAGAUCUAAUCUCUGAAAUAAUAAUAGUAAGAAGAAGCAAAAAAAGGAGAUGGAGGAGGAAAAGGAGGAGAAGAAAGAGGAGGAAGAAGAGGAAGAGGAGAAAGAAGAAGAGGAAGAGGAGGAAGAGAAAGAGAAGAAGAAGAGGAAGAGGAAGAAGAAAUCUAAAUAAUGAAUAAAAAUACAUGAAGCAAUUGGAUGAUAAUUAAGUACAAAACUGCAUAAUCUGGACUCUAGAUUCUAUAGCAAUAGGACCACAGAGCUAGAACAGGUAGGGCCCUCAAAAGCCAUUCCAUUAAAUUCCUUUAUUUUUUAGGUGAGGAAACCGAAACCCAGAUAGUUAAAAUGAUUUGUCCAAAUACUCAUUGAAUGGAAGGACUGCUCUUGUUUGGAGUAAUGAAAGAAAGUUUUAUAAAAAGUGAUGAGAGUUCAAUAGCAGCCUUGAAGAAAGAGCAAGCAGAACUUUAAUCUGCUAUCUUUAAUCUGCUUUAAUUCUGCUAUCUGAAAUUAACAAGGAAGGAAAAUUGAUAUCUAAUGAGAAGUAACUAUUGGAUUUCUACAAGUCACGGAUUCCUGAAUAAUCAUGAUUAUUUUUGUUAAUAAAUUAAUCCACAUGUCAA